GACUGAAUGGAGAGGAGAAGAGGAGGGCUCUGGGAAGAGGAGGAGGGAGCAUGGUGAUACAGCAGGACAAUACCAGCCAGACCUUACCAUAACAAAUCAGAUGGACCAACAAGACUAAGCUGCACUGCUUCCUCUACAUUGGCUGGAAGAGGCCCCCUCUUACAUGUGCAGUAAGGCACCACGGAGGACCUAACCCCCCUAGCUUCCUAGGAUAUGUUUCAUCGUCAGGUGCAUGCACAGAAGUUCUUGUGACUCAUCCCAUCGACUGGCCUUCAGACUUCUGGACAGCGCCCUCUCCAACUUCUCACUACAGUGGACAUCCCUUGGUUGUUGGACACGUCCGGAGGAACGCUGCCGUCCUCCCAGGACACUGUGUGCAGCGGGAACCACGCCACCUUGCUCCUCCCACUGCACCUGGCCAUGGACUCGGUGUUCGGUGAUGACAUUAGCAUCAUUGCGCAGGAGACCCUGGCGCAAGAGGAAGAAGAAGAAGAGGAAGACUGGGUGGAUAGUCCCAACACUGACCAGUCGGGGGAUAUGUGUUCAGCUUCACAUUUUGCCUUGAUAACUGCCUAUGGUGACAUCAAAGAGCGUCUAAGUUCCCUAGAGAGAGAGAACGCAACAUUGCGUCGGAAACUCAAAGUGUAUGAGAUUAAGUAUCCUAUAAUAUCGGAAUUUGGGGAUGAGAACUUUUUGCCAUAUGAUGAUGCCAAGGAGGAUUCUCUGCUACGAACUGAGGCCUCACAACAUGAGCUUCAGAACAGCCAAGAAAAGGAAGAACAGCUGGGAGAAAUUGUGCGCGCUUGUGAGAAAAUGUGUGCGGAGAGAAGUGAGCUGCAUGAAGAACUUAGUGAAAUGAAGGGCCUGGUUCUGACCCACGUAGCCCACAUCCACUCUUUGGAGCAGCAGUUACAGAUGUGCACUGAGCCACACCCAUUCCCUGGAUCUGCCCUCACCAAUCCAAACAUGCAAUACCUGUCGCUACACCAUGGACCAGACAUGUCACAUGUUCUAGAACAUGCUGUGAACUGGCAGGCUCCUCGUAGUCUAGACCUACAACGGGACAUGGCGGCACAGAGGCGGGACGCAGAACUGGAAGAGGCGAGGAGGGAUCUGCAGAACGCUCAGCGCAGAGAAAAACAGCUGAAGGAGGAUGUCCUGCGUCUAGAAGAAGCACUGAAACAACUACAAGAAGCCCGGGAGCAGGAACUUGCAAAUGGACAGACGCAAAGGGAGAUGGCAUGGCUGAAGGAAGUGGGAGACGACCAGGUGAACCUGGCCCUGGCGUACACUGAACUGACAGAGGAGCUUUACCGUUUGCGAGACCUUACUGCUUUACAAAGCCGGAUUCUGAGGUCACUGCUGGAGGAGCAAGCAGGACAGAGACGUUCUCCUCCACUUCGACACUCUCCUUGCCAUCUCCGUCACUCUCCUUCAUCUCUCCGUCAUUCACCAUCCUCACAGCGCCGCUCCCCUGUUCCACAAUGCCCAUCUCCCAUCUUACAAAGAAGAUCUCCUGUCCCACAGUCUCCAGCACAUCAACGCCGCUCCCCGGUGCCACCUUCUUCACCCUCACGUAGAUCACCUGUACCCUCACCCUGUCCGUCCCCUGUGGGAACGGAUGUUCCUUAUCCAAAACCUCCAGCUCAUCAAGCUAAAGCAUCUUUCCAGGCACGCCGUAGCUAUUCUGAAAUUAGUGAGCCUGCUCUGUAUCCAAGAGCACCACGUUCCUUAUGGAUGCCAGCAGGGACAUCUACCUUACCAAAACAGCGAUCCUACAAUGAGGGAUACGGAGGAAGUCCACCUACUAUACCCUGCUUCCGGGAGCACCAACAGCAGUCCUCUGAUGAGGACGAGUGGAGUCCUCCAUCCCCACCAAGUCCAGAGCCUGGAGCAAUACGUUGUGCUUCCUUUUGUGCUGGGUUCCCUAUACCUGAUGCAGCAAGUAGAAGAAUGUCAGCAUCCUACUCCCGUGCGGAACAUGCACAGUCUUGGCCCUCCAUCAAUUUACUGAUGGAGACGGUGGAUUCAGAGGUAAGGAGUUGUCCUCUCUGCCAACUGGCCUUUCCUGUCGGCUACCCAGAUGAUGUCCUAAUAAAACAUAUUGACUCUCAUCUAGAGAACAGCAAGAUCUAACAGCAUUCCAACACUCACUUUGGUGUCCAUGACACAGAGGCUCCAAGCAAUGGGGUGCCAAGCAGUCGCCUAUAAUAACCACCCAUUUGACUUAUACAUUAGUAAUGAUUACCUAUAUUAUAUACUGAAUAUCUGUAUACUGACCCAAGAAGUGCAGUAUAAUGAUAAUAUGCUAAGAAUGUGAAGACAUUGCAUUGUAAAGUCAGACUCGCUCAUGGUGAGCAGGAUGAUGUGGAGUUUAAUCACUUCAGUUAACACACUGCGCACUAUAUGAUGCUGAGUACUAGACACCUAAUGUACACAAUAAUGAAGGGUGGGUAUACAUAUGCACACUAAAAUGAACACAUUGCACUUUAUAAUGAAUAGUUCUGAGUAUAUUUAUGCAUCUUUACCACUGCAGCUGCUGUGGAAUUGUAAGUCUAACGUGCUCUACAAACUUGUGGGUAAUACCAUGCUCAGAUAUUGACGUUCACAACCGCUGUACUACCGCAGGGUUCUUGUAUUUGUAAAAUGUGCCCAUUAUCAUCUGUUUUUGGGGUUCUAAUAAUUGAAAAGUAAAAAAAACAAUAGGGCUUGUAAUCUAAAGUAUAUGUAGAUGACCUCUACCACAUUAAACUCAACGGUUAGAUAGCUUGUCAGUGCAGUGGGCCAUUGAAGAAAGUUUUGGAUUGGAAUACUGUAUGUAAGACAUGGACCUGUUAAUUGCUGUAUGGUGUCUGCCAUGAGGACAUUCCCCUAGGGUUGAUUGAACCCUACACGUAUCUCCUAAAUGCAAUGAUGGCAGAACACAACAUAUACCUAAGAGAGGAUUCAUCUCUGUUGUAUUAAAACUGCACAGACAAACAAGCUUUUGGAGGAACAUCACAUGAUAGCAAAGGUGUGCACCCCAAAGCUCAAACACAUAUGCAUGUGUGUUUGUGUAUAUAUACUGAUGGUGUCAGUAGAGAAAU